AUGGCGGAUGUGAAGAUGGAGGUCGCGAAGUCGGAGGAAAGCGACACGACCUUUCCUCACGAGACAGUGACCGACGAGAAUUUCCGCGAUGUUGUUCUUGACAUUUUCGAGAAGGAGGUGAACAGGUUCAAGAACUGUUGGGCGUAUCUCGACCAUUUUCACAAAGACCGGUCUGCGUUUGCUGAUCAGCUUCGUGCCCUCUUCCCACAGAAGCCCGAGGUAGAGUACCUCUUGUCCUAUGUGAUUCCGUCGACUGGCAACUUCAGCGUAUCUCUUUGGCACUUGAACUGGGGCCCGGAUUGCUCCACAAAGCCGGUGCCUGACCGUGUCACCGUGAGAUCAUUGCUGGAUGAGUACUUGACAAGUGGAGUGGCGACCCGAGCAGAGCCCCUGAUGGUCUACCAGGCACAGGACCCUGGGAGGAACGAUUUCAUUCUUCAUUUUGCCAAAGGAGCCGCAAGGUCAGCAGCAUGCCUUGUGCUGGCCAGCCUUGUCAUGCGGUACGGCUUCCAUUUGAAGACCUUCGUGCAGGAGAGCAUGUGUGAGAUUCAUGUCACACAGGCAGACUGUGGCUGUGACAUUGCCUCAGUGGCCCUGUUCAACGCAAAGAUGAGUGCACGCGGGGACAUUCGCAAGGCUCACUGUUGCUUGACAUGGCUGGCCAAAAUGAUGGUGCUGAAGAAGCACAAUCAUGAUGCAACCAGUAUCAUUAAGGAGUGGAACCGCACGUGCACGAAGGAUGGGCAGAUCAAAGGGGCCAAGCACACGGCCCUGUUGUCCCUGUUGAAUCUGCCACAGUUUUGCGUCGAUGCGCUGCUCGAACACUUGAACGAGUUCGGGUCUCAAGGAGCAUUCAACGACAACCAAUGGAGCAACAAGAAGGUGUUGCCAGGUGGUGGGCCGAAGGGCUACCCCAGAGAAUGGAACAGUCGGCUCCAGGUGACGGACGAAGGCUUCUGCCUCAUGAUCAAGUACCUGGACAAUCGACACCGGAUGAAGCUUGCAGGCUCACGAUGCAAGUUCAGCGGGUCGGAUGUGGAGGAGGCCGCUUUGGUAUGCCAGCUCUUGCACUCCCUUGUUCAUGAGCUGGAGGACUCAGUGCCCCUGCAGGUCAAGGAAGACGUAUGCACACUCCUGGUGCAGGGAGACAUGAACUUGCUUCUGCAGCUCCAAGGAGCCCUUUCAGAGAAGAGAAGCAACCUUGCUCCUGCAGACAUUCUGGUGCUCAGGGAAUACAUCCAAAAGCAUGUCGCAGACGGGGAGAAGAAGCUUCGCAACCUUGGUGCGGUUUCGAACAGCAUCAAUCCGGGACAGCUGGAGCGGCAGGAGUUCGAUCUUGCCAUUGCUUCCAUGCGACACGACAUGGACGUGUAUGGUGCUUGGCUUGUUCGGAGCCGCGAUCGCGAAGCCGGGGUUUAUCAUCAGAAUCUUCAGUGGAGGCUUGGCAGGCAGAAUCGAGCCAAGGAGAUGGCUGAAGGCAUCAUGCGGCGAAGCUCGGAAACUUGGAGGAUGGAGUUUGCUGUUUUGGAGUCAGCAGCCCAGGGCCUCAAGACCAUCCAAGAGGCCAUGAAGUACAUCUGCAGGCUAAACCAGAUUUCGGCGGAGAACUUGAAGUGCAUCGUCAUCCUGAAUUGGUGUGCACCCUCUUUGUUUUCGUCCCAAGUUCAGCGAGAUCAAGCAUCUUUGAUGGGGGCCAUCUUGAAUGGGCAGAAUGCCGUGGCUGGAGGCGUGUGCCUGACACCUACGUUUACAUACAACAAGGGUCAGCUUCACAAGACAGAGCAGGAGGCUUUGAGGCUCCUUGCGGAGUCCAACCUCAAUCUCGACCACGUUGCUGUGGUGCCCUACAAAGGGCGCAACGACGACCGAGAGAAGAGGUUCCAAUGGGGUUUGAUUUGUGUUGUUAUUCCGGGAUGUGGGACUCUGGUCACGUGUGAUUCACUUGACUGUGACAGUGUCAGGCCACUGCUCAUGCUCACCCGCAUUUUGAUGCCGAUGGACGAAGUGGCUGCUGAACGGGCUCAGGAGAACUGGCGACUGUCCGCCAUUUUCAGAAAACCCCUAUUGGAAGAGGCGGACCUUCCCCAGACCCGGGACCUUCUGGCGAUAGAGGAUCUGGAUCCUGCGGCAUUGCCAACAACCACCGAUGCCCAUGUCCAUGUGCCCCAGCCAGAGAAGGCAAUGCAGAUCGGAGAGUCAGCAGCGAGGUCGAUCCUCCGAGGCUUCUUGGCCCAGGACUCCACAGUUGGAGCCACUGCGGGUACGAGAAGUGCGUUUCUGUGCAUUGACUUGAGCCCGCACACCUGUGACUUCAGCAGAGCCGCCCUGGCUGAGACCAAGUUGCCCGUGUACUACCUGGGCUUGACAAGGAGCGAGGGAGAGCUCGAGUGGUCAAAAUCCUUCGUGAGGGACUGGCUGGCAGACAGCUUUUUGGACGGGAGCCUCCAGCUGCCACCGACAAUGAGCCUUCCCCCGAUUGAGAUGCCCACCGAGUUGCAGCAAGCCGCACCCCCGCUACCAAAUCUGCAGACUCUGCUGCUCAACAAGGUGCAAAAGUACGAAGGCCUUCCGAGCCUCAAGACGCCCGACCGGGUGCUCGCGGCAUGGGGCGAUCACGCGAGAUUCAAAACAGAAUUCGAAGAAUUCUUGCAAAAAUCGAGGGAGGAGCUUCCUCUUGACUUGACACCGGAGAAGGCAGACAAGAGCAGUGGCGCUGGCAGUGGCUCGGGCAGUGGCUCCGGCAGUGGCUUGAAGAGGGAAGCUGAUGGCACACAAGGCCGAGUUGCCAAGAAGCAGAAGGUGGAGACCCUUGUGAAUCCAGAGGUCGUGGCCAAGCGAUCAAUUCCCUUGAAAGAUCUUCCGAAGCCACUUACAUGGGAAGCAGACUUGCAUCUGCCAAAGUCUGCCAAGGCAAAGGUUUCAGUGAUUAUCACUUUGGGGGAGAGGAUCUUCUUGGUCAAUCACAGCCAGGACAAGGACGUGGUGUUGGAGAAGAACACCUGCGUGGCCGGAUUCUACAAGGGGAAGUGGUGGCAGCACAAGGGCAGCAAAGACCAGGCUUCUGUCAAAGAGAGUGACAUCUUGUUCACAUUGAAGGAUGCCGACAGCUUGAUCCAGAUCGGAAGCAAAGUGCACACCCUGGGCGAAGCAGUGCAGGAGAUCGUAGACAAACGAGAGCGGCGCAAAACCCAGCCGGAUGUGACUGUGUCCUACCACAAGAUCUGCGAUUCGCCGACAAGCACAAAGCCAGCCUUCUUCACGAUGUCUCAAACUCACACAAUCUAUUGGGAGAUCCAGGCAAUCCCGGCUGACUGCAUCCAGCAUGAUGGCAAGACAUGUGUCCCGGUCCAUCACAUGGGCGGAGUCAUUCCAUUUUCUCGGUGGGAGACAUGGGCAUCUACUUUGGUGUGGGCCUCUAAGUGGUCGCCGACCUCCGCAAAGGGCCUGGUUCCAUGCCGACCUUUGAUUGUCUUGAAAGAAUCCGUGCCACUCAGCCCUCAAACGGCAAUCGAGCUGACAGCAAGUGAAGGACCAUCAGCCGAGCCCGUGGCGUAA